AACAUGAACCCCGCCGUAUGUUUUGCUAUACUCACAUGGGUGCUAAUUCAUCAGGGAUCGGCCCAGCUUAUGGACGAGAAUUGUGGAAGAGUUACUCAUUAUAAGGGUGAAGUGAUCACUGACAGUCCGUGGAUGGCAUUGGUUGUAAUGCCGAAUAAAAGCUGUAGUGGCGCUCUGAUUCACAGACAAUUUGUGAUAACAUCAGCGACUUGUGUGUUAAAUCAUGGGCAAGCAACCGUUCGCUUGGGAGAUUUUAAAAGCCUGCAACUAAGAAAUAUUAGCAAUCACUAUCCCCUUUCGACAUAUAUUGUACAAACAAUCUUCAUCAAUAAGUUAUAUGACAGAAGUAACUAUAACCAUGAUAUUGCUCUGCUGAAACUGAAAGAAGAAGUGCUCUAUAAAGCCCACAUACGUCCGAUAUGCAUUUGGUUAAACAAUCGAAAUCCUACCGAACUAAAAGAGCUUAGGGAAUUCAAAACCACCCGCUGGGAUCUAAAUCAGAACAUAUCAGAUCCCGAAAUAAAGAAAAUACCACAUUUAAACCCAAUUGAAUGCGAGAAUGCCUUGAACAUUUCUACAAAAAGCUCGCAGAUUUGUGCUGGCUAUAAAAACGACUCCAUUUGCGAGGAGCCUGGAAGCCCUCUGAUCUGGAAGAUAUUGUAUUUUAAAAAGAGACGUUCUGGUCUUUUAGGAGUUCAGAGUUAUGGAGUCUCAGGAACCUGUUUAUAUACCGAUAUCAUGAGCUAUAUUGAUUGGAUACUGGGAAUCGUUUUUGACGUGGAAAUCAUAGUUUAA